CAAAUUACAAUUACCUACAUACUAAUACGUCUUCUGAAAAACUGUCUACUAGGUAAAGUUUUGUACCCUCUCGACCCCUCCCCCGAUAAUCCCGCAGUAACGUCGAUUUGGUCAGCGGAAGUGUUUACAUGGUAGGUUAGUUCUUCAUGUAUGUUGAUUGCGUAUUAGGUAAUAAGAUCACGUGCCUUCGAUUUGUGAAGCAAGAUGGCGGCCUCGUCCCAUUUCUUGUUAUUGUGCGUUUUUAUUUCACUUUUAGUGUGUUCUUACACGGACUCAAUCUUUUCAGUUCCUGUUUUUAUAUGGUCUAGAAAUAGUGAAGUAAAUACUGCUGAUCCAGUGCUAGCAGGACACACAAUAAAAGGAAGAGAUUUCCAAGAGAAAUACUUAAAUAAACUAUUCCACACACCUCAAAUUGUUGGUGUGUUUCUUCAGGACAGGCUGAGCAUAGAUGAUAUAAGUCACUAUGGUGAUGCAUACAGCCCUGGAAACCAUGGAGCUGCUUUUUCCAAUCUUCUAGCUGCUAUGGAAACUGCCAACUCAUCAGCUGUUCUUCCAUCAGUAGAAGUGUCAUCAUCUUCUGGUGGAAAGUCUGAUGAACUAGUACAGCUGAUCAGGAGGUUGGCUAAUGGCUUGGUCAAGGAGUUUAACCCAGAUGAAUCUGACAAGUUUGAUAUUUCCAAGUUUUCAUUGGACCGGGAAAAGACUAAUGUAUUUAUAUUCCAUUUGCUUCCAGCUUCUUCAAGGUUUGUUUGGCUUCUUAUUGUUGGUGUGUUCAACUUAAUAACUUUAACUUAAUUUACUUUAAGUUGUUGGCAUAAGAAGAUUAAACAAGUCUUAAUGAUUGAGUGUCCUAAACAUUACAGAGUGCUUUCACAUGACAUCAC